GGCCGUAAAUGAUCUCCGCAGACAACUUCUAUAAAUACUUAAAAUUUGAUGUAUUCUCUCAUUUCCCUUCAUUUCAGUCGAUUUCAAGAGCUCCGAAACCCUUCUCCUCGCAUCCUAGGGCUAAGUUGUUGGAUCUACAUAAAACACUUGUUCGAGUGUGUCAGGACUCAGUAGACCUCUAAUUUUCAAGCACACAAACUUUCUGUUAAUUGUCUCAAAAUAUAAAACUUCAAAAACAUAACAAAGGUUAGUUCUUGAAAAGGGUGUUGGAGAAAGAUAUUUGCAAAUGCAAGUAACCAAUUAUAAACACAAGCGUUCCAAGAGUUUCCCGUAUACACGCGGAUUCAAAGACAAUGUGCAUCAUUCAGUGGAGGAUUUUACUCAAUUGAAUUUGGAUAAGGGUGAUAGAAAUGACUGUAGUAAGAGCAAGAAGAAGCAGUUAUCUGAGGAAGUCAAAAGUUCUAUGAAGGAAGAGAUAAUGCAACUCCAGAGAAUAUUAGAGCACCAACUCACAGUUCGACGUUCUCUAGAGAAAGAAUUGGGAUAUGAAUCUUUAUCGCAAAACAUCGCUCAGGAGACAAACUCAAUGCCUGAGCCAACUACAGAACUGAUUAGAGAAAUUGCAGCACUAGAGUCGGAAAAAGGGCGUCUGGAGCAGGAUCUUCUUUCGUUAUAUAGUAAAAGAGCUUAUGAUCAACAGAAUUCAUCCUUGUAUCCUCCCACAAGAGAUGAUAUACUAAAAUCUCCUAUGUAUACUAAAAUGAGAAGGUGCCUUCAAUUUUCUAAAUCUUAUACUAAAGUGAGAAGGACAAAUUCUUGUGCUCAGCCUGAUAGACAGUCAGCGUCAAAUCCAUGGAAAGAAACAACUAGUACAACAGAAGACAGAGUUAGAGAAUCUGUGGUCCAUCGAAGUCGUUCCUCACUAACUCAACAUUUGGAUUUGUCAAAGAGAGCUUCCACAACAGGGGACAUACCAGGCAAAGCUUUGCGUGCUUGUCAGUCUCAACCUUCAUGUAUGAUGGAGUACGCACAGAAUUCUUCUUCAAAUUUAAUCAGUUUGGCGGAGCAUUUUGGCACCCGUAUUUCUGAUCGUGUUCCAGAGACACCAAAUAAGUUGUCUGAGGACAUGGUAAGGUGCAUGUGCACCAUAUAUUGCAAAAUUGCAAAUCCGUGUCUCUCGCCAACCUCAUCCUUUUCAUCAAUGAGUGCCUUUUCAACGAAAGACCAAUGUGACAUAUGGAGCCCAGGAUCAAGGAAAGAUUCAUCGUUUGAUGUUCGUGACAAUCCUUUUCAUGUGGAAGGAUUGAAGGAGUCCACUGGACCUUACAGCUCAAUGGUUGAAGUACAAUGUAUAUAUAAAGAUGGUCAUAGACUAGGUGAUAUUGAGCCUUUGUUGCAAAAUUUCAGGUCCAUUGUUUCUCGCCUAGAAGUAAUAGAUCCCGGAAAAUUGAGUCAUGAAGAAAAGCUAGCCUUCUGGAUUAACAUACAUAACGCAUUGGUGAUGCAUGCAUUUUUAUCUUAUGGCAUUCCACAAAAGAAUGUGAAGAGAGUUUAUCUACUCUUGAAGGCUGCCUAUAACGUUGGUGGUCAUGUAAUCAGUGGGAAUGUGAUUCAGAACUCUAUCUUGGGAUGUCGGGUGUCUAAACCAGGAAAGUUACUUCGCUUGUUACUUUCUUCUGGGAAAAAAUUCAAGGCAGGCGAUGAAAGACGAACCUAUGCUAUUGAACGUCCAGAACCCCUUCUGCACUUUGCACUCUGCUCAGGCAAUCAUUCAGAUCCUGCGGUACGAGUUUAUACACCGAAAGAAGUGUUUCAGGAGCUAGAAGCAGCAAAAGAAGAAUACAUUAUAGCAACUUUUGGUCUGAAGAAGGGUCAGAAAGUUGUUUUGCCCAAACUUGUGGAGUCCUUUGCUAAAGAUUCUGGCCUACUUCCUGCUGGUGUUAUUGAGAUGAUCCAGCAAUGUUUACCUGAAUCUUUUACAAGAAGCAUAACGAUGAUUCAGCAGAAGAAUUCUCACAAGAACAUCGAAUAUGUACCUCGUAAUUUUGCUUUCCGGUAUCUAAUCAUGAAGGAGCUGGUGAAAUGCCUAGUUUAAUGGUGUGUUAUAGCAUGUUUAUGUGCUUUUAGAGAUUUGAUUAGUAGUAAGCCACUUCGACCUCAAACCAAUAGGUCAUGAGUUCGAGUCUCGUUAAGGCUACGUGAAAUCAUUGUUUAUCUCAUGUGGAAUUAUUGAGAGUGGGAAAAGAUUGUUUUGUGAGACCUCUCUUUUUCUUUUGUGUUUUCCUUUUCAGAGGGAACUUAUUUCCUUUUCUCUCUUCUGUAUAACUGCAUACAAAUUUUGGAGUUAAGAAAUGGAGGAUUUGACUGAAGAAUGCCUACAAUCUGUGUUUUGUAUGCAACAUCAUUUUUUGGCUUCAAGUUUUUGAUAUAUAUAAUUCAGAUUCACAUUUGUUGUGGGUGUGGUUGCAUCAAUCAACUACCUCUUAAUCCCAAGCUCCUCUUUAUAUUAAGAUUCUUCUAGGUCAAAGACAUUCAAUCCGAGGCAGACCAGGAUUUUAAGUUUUAUGGAUUAACACUAAGAUUCUUAGCAUUGAACUUAUGAUAUUUUUGCUAUGGGAACUAACGCUUUCUAUGAGGAGUGAAAGCCACUUGACGGUAAAGAGAGGAGCUCCACCCUACUUCAAUUAAAAAUUGUUCCUCACUCCACUCAGUUAUGAGUUCGUAUCUACUAUUUGUUGCAAUUUCAUGAAGCUUUAAAUAUAUAUUUAUGUUCUACGUUGAAAAUAAUGGAUUCAAAUGAACCUUGUAUCGAUAAGCUUCUCUGCCUUCAAUAAGUUCUAAUGAAUUCUAUAUAGAAAAUUUCAUUCUUUUAGCUCCCCCACCUUAAUAUAUACGACAUUUAUUUGAAAUUUCAACAAAAUAAUAAAUCUUUGAAAAUUCGUAGUUUCAUGUAAUGGAUUCCAAAUUGAAAACUGUUAGAAACCCAUCAAAUUUAAAUUCUAGAUUUAGUAGAAAAUGAAAAA